AUGGACGCCACUCUCGCUGCUCGACUUGAGGACUUUCACAAGAAGGCGACCGCAGCGGGUGAAGAAGUCGUCUUCAAAGAUUUCCCAGCGAAGAUCUACUGUGGCUACCAAACUUCUCAUAAAAUUUCACCAUACCAUCCCAAUCACGCCUAUACUUUCACCGACACAACCGUUUAUCCUCCUCCACAAGCAGAGUCUACAGGCUCCAAAAAAAGGAAAUUAGACGACAGUAUGUCUGCAACCAGCGAUGCCAGCGACACACAAUCCGCACGCUAUCCCCAGCUUGUUCGGGCCAACACCCAUCUGCCUCAGCUUCAUACCAUCCUCAAGCGCGAGUGUGAAGAGCUGAUUGUGCUGACGGAUAAAAUAAAGUUGUGGAUCUCGCUUACCAUGCCUAACUUUCCGAUGGGCGACUUUACUCAUGCUGUCUCAGCGGUGACAAUUUCGGAGUUCAAAUUCAGGAAGGUGCGCUCGGGGACUCCACUAGAUCUCAUACACCCAUUAACUCAUGCAACAGAGGUGGUCGGUGAGCUGGCGCGCUCACAGGAUAGUGCGAUCAACCUGAGAGAUUCUGCUCGCAACGAUUACCUGGCGCGAGCCAAGAUCUGUUCCAAACUCAUCAAGUACCCACACGUUGAGGACUACGCGUUGGCGUUGAAGGAGCACGAUGACACACAGUUUUAUCUGACACGCCAGCAUCUAAGCGAUCUCAGAAAUUUGUACGCCGUUCUAACCGACCUCAUCCACAAAAAUAUUGCGAAGAUCAAAUCGCCGAAAGGCAAUGGUGGUUUCGGCCUUUACUAG